AUGGCGGGAGCCAUGCAGGUGGUGGAUGCAUGGGCGGGGAUGGUGAAGGCCAUCACCAACCCAAGUCUCGGGAGCAACGAGGAGAGUCUGAAGAGCAGCCUGAAGGUGAUCAGUGGCAGCGAACUAUCGGAGCACGCAGUGGCAUGGUUUCUUAACUUCUCGAAUGCUGCUGUUUCAAGAGACAUCUCGCCCAACUUCUGGAGAUUUUUGGAAGCGUACUCGGAUGUCCCGGAAGACGACAAGAGUGCAUGGACCAAGGAGAACAUCUCGAAAGCGCUGGAUCUUGCGAGCUCAAGUCUGGAGCGACAAUUGGAGGUUGCCAAGUUGGUAGCAGCAAGCCUUGGUUCAGAGUAUCAGGUUGAGAGGAGAUGCAAAGCAAACUUCUCUGCUGUCUUGUUUGCCAACGUCCCAGAGCACUUCUAUGAGAUUCUCUACUCUUUCUUUCAGAGCCAUUUUGCUUCUUUCGAAGUUGAGGAGGCUGAAUGCAACUACCUCCUGCUGGAAGUGAAACAGUUGCGGCCGAUGAGAGGAAGAAUGAUAGAUUUCACAAACUUUGUCGUCAACUCCGACAGGGCCACCAUGGCGGAGAAGAAGGCGCUCAUGUCGGCAAACAGAGUUCUGUCCAUGUGUGAGAAGAAGUGGGAAAGUCAAGUGCUAGAGGAGGUCACGAUAUGGGCGAAGCAGAAAGUUUUCCCGUUUCUUCGUCACCUGCUGUUGGACCUGAACGAGGAGCCAUGGUAUGACAUCGAAUACCCCGACGACAACCUGGAAAACGCGCACAUCAACAUAACUCACAAUGCCAAUCGCUACGUUGUUCUGCAGCGCCGACUAGAGCUGUUCUUGUACGAGACUUUUAGCAACCUGCGGAUAUCAGAGAUGUUUGACAUCAUUGUCGAAUAUCCUGACUCCCUUGCAGCCAUUGCGGACCUCAGAUAUGCCCUGGGCAAGACUCAUCAGUACAUGACAACCUGGAGCCUGCGAGUUCUCAAGUUUGGCAGGUUCUCGGAACUUGUGACGUCGUUGAAGAUGGUCUUUGAGAAGAGACUCCUGCAUGCGGGCGCGAACACGUCAGACAUUAUCACACAGUACAUCUCUUCGAUGAAGGCUCUGCACGACUUGGAUCCUUCAGGGACGACGCUUGCCGUUGUGAGCAAGCCCAUCCAACAAUAUCUGCGAGGACGCAAUGACACGGUGCGCUGUAUCGUGACGGGAUUGACGGACGACAGCACGAGCGAGCUGUUCCAGGAGCUCAGGAAAGGGGGAGACGAGGAGGACGGGAACUACGACGAGAGCGGGAAGGAGGAGGUGGAGAUUUGGAAGCCUGAGGUCGUUCACUUUGGUGCUGCCCAAGUCUCCUACGGGAAGGGCUCGCUCGACAUCAUCGGCAUGCUGAUCGACAUCUAUGGAAGGCAAGAGAUGCUGAUGACGUUCAGGGAGGAGAGCUGA